UCUCCUAUAGGAUAAUCAUUCUAUUAUUCGCGAUAGUUCCCAACAGACCGUGCCAACGAACUUCCGACUAAGUCUCCGAUCGCCGACCGGUCGGCGUAUUAGUCUCCUUUCUCCGAUCAAUUCAAGGUAUUUGUGAACUUUGAGAAGGGGCAGAAUGAGUCAGGUAUUCGAAGGAUAUGAAAGACAGUACUGUGAGCUUUCAGCUAAUUUAACGAAGAAAUGCAACUCUGCUACUAUCCUUGAUGGAGAACAGAAGAAACAGAAAGUGUCUGAAAUAAAAGCUGGCCUAGAUGAUGCUGAAGCGUUGAUUCGCAAAAUGGACCUAGAAGCUCGGAGUUUACCUCCAAAUGUUAAAGCCACACUUCUUGCCAAGUUGAGAGAAUAUAAGAGUGAUCUGAACAACUUAAAAACUGAAGUGAAAAGAAUCACAUCAGGAAAUGCAAACCAAGCUGCAAGGGAUGAAUUGUUGGAAUCGGGAAUGGCAGAUGCUAACAUGGUGUCUGCUGAUCAAAGGCAAAGGUUGAUGAUGUCAACAGAGAGAUUGAACCGUUCAAGCGACAGGAUCAGGGAUAGUCGAAAGACAAUGCUAGAAACUGAAGAUCUGGGGGUCUCAAUUCUUCAAGAUUUGCAUCAACAACGUCAGUCUCUUCUGCAUGCACAUGACACGCUCCAUGGAGUGGAUGAUAAUAUUAGCAGGAGCAAGAAGAUUCUGACUACAAUGUCAAGAAGGAUGAGCAGGAAUAAAUGGAUCAUUGGCACUAUCAUUGUUGUCUUGGUCCUGGCUAUCCUAUUAGUUCUUUACUUCAAGCUCGCCCAUUAGCUCAACGGAUGGUUUUCAGGAUUCUGCCGCUUCUCAUUUGUUACAGCAAAACAUUUAUCUUUGGACACACUGCUUCUGAUUUCACAGUUAGUUGCCUCAUUUGCGGUCUGUGUGGUGUGGUUUGGUAGUGUGCUUCUUAUACUGGCAAUUUUCAUAAUAUUAAUUCCCAUGUUUGUCUAUUACUAUGUUUGAAUUUGGUGAUCCUUGUCUGAAAUGAGUAAAAUGUAUUUAAUGUUAUGCACCAA